AGGAGGGAGAGGGUGGAGAUGCUUCCUUCUCCUCCUUACCUCUCCCCAUUCCUCCCAGGAGCUAAAGCAAAAGCAAAAGUGAAAGUGAAUGACACUGUCCCCGACCUCCGCCCACCAGCAAACCGCAUUCAGCCUCCUUUCUCCCUUUGCUGGGUCUCUCUAGUCGCGUCUUUUCCCCUUCUCUCCAGCCAGGGGAAGCCGGAGCCCCUGAGACCGCUGCCUUCCAGGAGCGGAGACAGGGCUGCUGCCAACGAAGCGAACGUGAGCUGGAGUGGGCACGCGGUUAACUAACCUGAGGUGGCGCUCUGGCGCUCGGACGCUGUGGACCGAGUGUGUAGGGGUGGGGAGGGCGGAGGCGGGAAGCCUCAACUUAUGGCAUACUGCAGUCAGUUUCUGCGCUGUCGGGUCAUCGCCCUGCCCCUGCUGCAGCUACAACCCCUCCUCCUGCUGCUGCUGCAACAGCUGCCACUCUGCGCUUUGCGAGAAGUAACAUGCCCUACUCCCAGAUCUGUCGAACAUGCGGAUAUUCAUGUCAAGAGUCACAGUGUGGAAUCCAGGGAGCGGUAUGUUUGUAAUGCAGGCUUCAAACGUCAGGCUGGGACAUCCAGCCUUAUUCGGUGUAUGCUUGACCAGAACUCGAAUACUGCCCACUGGACAGAGACCAAUCUGAAAUGCAUCAGAGAUCCCACUCUGGUUCACCAAAAGCUACCUUCCUCGACAAUGUCAACAAGAGAACUUUUCACUCCUACUGGAAAAGGCUUCACUCUUGAACCAGAAGCUUCCAAGGCAGACACCACAGUGGCAACAGAGACAGUCAUGGUGUCAACCUCUAUCUCCCUCUCAUCAUCCAUACACACAGCAACUCCAGCAAUAGCAGGUACGGUCUCGAAGCCAGUCUCCAAGGAGAUAUCGUCAGAACCACCUUCCGCAACAGUCAUAAUAACAACCCGAAACUGGUCCUUCACAGACCUGGCUCAAACAACAGCACAGACCAUGGAACAGUCCUCCCCCAGUAACGAUGGGAUAAUACCAGAAGCACAACAUUAUGUCACACCUAUUUCUGUGGCUUUCAUAAGUCUCCUGGUAGUUCCUUUGGUGGUAUAUUUGUGCUGCAAAAAAAGGAAUCCACUCCCAGAACAGUCUGUUGAGAUGGAAGAGAUGCCAAUGACAGGAGGAACUGACAGCAGAGAAGAAGGUGUAGAGAGCUAACUCUCUAUAGAGCCUGUGUAGCAAAAAUGGAAAAACAAAUUCCUAUUAUCUAUCAUUCCUAUGGAGCAGGGUCUGGGGUAAAGAUGUCACAUUUACCUUAGCAGAAAAGAUCUUUCUUUGGCCUAAACAAACAGGGAGAUGCAAAGCACAAUGAAAAAUCUAAGUAUUGCAGCUGAGGAGGGAUACCCAGCUCUUAACUUUGUCUCUUAUCCAUCUAUUGAGUACCUGUACCCUAACAACAGGAUAGAAUUUGACUGGUUUUGAAAGGUUUUCCCUGGGUACACAGGUGCACUUAUAAGAGUCAGGGCAUUUAAGAAGUGCAUUGUGGGAAAGUUUGCCAGGCAAAACUAAACUCUCCAAAGCCUCCUUAGUAGGUACUUACUUCAUUUGGUUGUGUCUGGAGAUUGAAAGAAACUUGAAUAUUUUUUCCCAAAAAGUACAACCUACAAAUAACAAAGAGAACUACCUUUGGUAGUAAUUACCUGUAAGUCUUCCCUGUGAAAUGUCUGGUUAAAAGAUUUGUGACUUUUGAAUGAAUAGCAUGAGCAUUUCAAUGCCUAAAAAACAUAUUUCCAGUUAGAUUGCUUCCCUUAAUAUGCACCAUAAGGGAGUCAUUGAUCAGGCAGAAGAGAAAUGUACAAAUUUAGGCAUAAAUGAAUCCUUUUGACUGAUGACUCUGGGAUCAAGGAUUCAAAAUAGAUUAUAUACUUAUUUUAUAUGUGUAUAUGUUUAGUUUAUAUACUCAUUUGAAUGUAUGUAAUAUGAUGUAAGAUAAAAUAAAAAUUAUAUUUUAAUUUUUUAAUGUAAAAGUGAGCAGAAUUAUGUUUAAGUAUUAAAAGUAUAUUAUGAUUGAAGGAAGGAAAAAGAAUUGAGAAAUCAUAAGCUCUGUCCUUGUUGUAAUAUAGGAAAAGAGGAGUGGGGUUGGAGGGAAUGGGAGGAUUCCUCCUCCACAUUGCCAUUCCCCUCUGUGGCUCUUUAUAACAGUGCUUUUUUCUGGAAACACUGGAGCAAGAACAUAUACCAAUGUUACAAAUACCAAUGUUACAAAUGUUACAAAUACCAAUGUUAUUUGUAUCCCACAAGGACGUACACACUUUUCAUUUCUAUACUAUUAAUUUCUCUCUCCUACUUAUCUGCUUGUCCAGGGUUCCCAAUUAGCACCCCCUCAGUGUCCAUUGUUCUUAAGCUACUCCUGUUUCACCAUCAAAACUUCCAUUAACUCACUACCAAUUUUCUUAGCUAGCUAUCAUGGAGGAAAGCAGAUA